GCUGUGCACAAGUCAGAAGCUGUCUUUAUUUUCCUCUUUCUACGAAGUGUGAAGAUCCUCGACUUGAAAAGAUGAACAUAAUAAUUUGUCUGUUCUUCUUGCACUUGAUUGAAUCUGUUCAUCUCGAAGAAAUAGUGGAUAGCACUUUAAUACUCAGACGUGCAAUAACUUUGGACUGCAAGUAUUCAGGCAAAGAAACUCUCAUUCAGGCUCAGUGGUCUAAGGUCAAUGGAUCGUUUGAAGAAACAAUGUGUACUAUUCACAAAAGUUAUGGAACAUAUAUUUUACAAAAGUACAUGAAUAGACUUUCAUUUGUAGCGGAGAAUUCAUCAGAUCUGUCUAUUAUCCUGAAUGAAACAUCAAAAGCAGAUAUUGGGAUCUAUGUCUGUUACCUGGCUGUGUUUCCGAUUGGAUCCGUAAAAAAAGUAAUAGCGGUGCAAGCAGAUGAUUUUGGCCCUAUUGUGCCUUCAUCUCACCAGACCUUUAAAGAAAACACUGACAUCACAUUGAACUUCCUAUACACCUUACUAGGACAUGUGAAACAAGUGACGGUGCAAAAAUUUACAGAUGGGAAGAUGGACUUAGUUGCGCAUUGUGAACAUCUAAUGAAUGGAAGGAAACUGUUAUCAUACGGUAUUGAUUUUAGUAAGCACAGUUUUUUAAACUGUUCAGACCUUCAAAAUAUUACUCUAACAAUCCGCCAAGCUGCCAUCACUGAUGAAGGACUCUAUCAGUGUCAUUUUUGGUUGGAUGACAAGAAUCAUACCAUUUCCAUAGAAGUGCGCUUACAGAACACAGGUAUCACUUCCAUGAGCAAAUUUGCUUUAAUAUGCGGGAUAUCUCUACUUGUUAUUGUGAUCUUCACCAUAGCAGCUUUUUGUCUUGUAAGGAGACAGAAUAACAAGAGAAUACAAGUAAAACAAGUAAACGUCAGCUUCAAUUCUACAUAUCCUCAGCUUGACAUAGAAACUGUGGAUGAAGAGCACACGUAUGCCAAUUUUGUGCCUAAUUCAUCAUUCUCAAAAUCAUGGACAUAGAAAAGGAUUCUUUAGAUGCUUUUAUUAGUGGUAUAAGAUGUGUGACAAUGGGACAGCUAAAACAGCUAAAAAAAUUAAAUUCUUAUUUAUACACAUUUGUAUAUGAUUAAAACUGAAUAUUUCCACACAUGGCAACUCUCUACUUAAGAGGAUAUACAUUCUAUAGGAUGGCGGUUUAGUAUGUCCCUCAGCACAUGACACUUAUGUACUGGCUUUCAAUAGAGGAUGUUCAAAAAUCUGUUAGAAAAGAUUUGUCAUUAAAAUAUUCCUGAAAUACAUGUCCAACUAGGUGCUCUAUGGUGGUCAUUGUAGUAUAUUACAGCCCCGGGGACUAUGAUAAAAUAGAAACAAAGAACUACUGUAUCGUGCAUUCAUUUCUACUCUC